AGGGUCAUACAAAGGAUCAAACAGGAGCAGGACCUCAGAAUUUUUACCCUUUCUUACAAAUGGAGGAACACAAAGAUGCUCAACACUGUUUUCAUAACUCUUCUUGCAGGAAGGCUUCGCUAUCGACAUCUAUAUACAUAACACUGUACAUUUUGUUCUCAUUAAUUUCAGCGGUUACAGUAUUUUUGAACAUACUGGUGAUCAUCUCGAUCUAUCACUUCAAGCAGCUCCACACUCCAACCAACCUGCUCAUCCUCUCUCUGGCUGUGACAGAUUUCCUGGUGGGACUGAUUGCGAUACCAGUAGUGACUGUGGCAGUAAUGGAAUCAUGCUGGGUUUUUGGGAAAUAUUUCUGUGUGUUUUUUCUCUUCAUCGGUUACUUAAUUAUUUCUUUAUCUCUGGGCAAUUUGGUUUUGAUAUCUAUUGACCGUUAUGUAGCUGUGUGUUAUCCCUUGUUAUCACAGGCCAGAAAGAUAUUUUCAAAAGAGGCUGCCACCAAGUCUGGUGUUAAAACUGUACUGGUGAAUAAGACUGAGAGAAAAGCAGCAAAAACUCUAUCUAUUGUAGUUUUCACCUAUCUCACUUGUUGGAUUUCAAUUUUUUUUCUACAUUUUUUUUUUCUACAAUCAUUAACUUACUUACUCUUGCUGCCAUUUCUUAAUUCCUUAAUUAAUCCAAUAAUUUAUGCUUUCUUUUAUCCAUGGUUCAAAGUGAUAGCUAAACAUAUUUUAACUCUAAAAUUAAGGCGUUUAUAGUUCCUACAUUUUUUUCAAAAGUUUGACAAACACAGAUUUGAUAAUGUUAUUUUCAAACUAUACUGUUGUUGUAAUUGUUUCUUUCAUAAUACACUUACAUUACUUAUCUCAGUUAGCUGUUGUUAUUAUAGAUACAUUUGGUGUUGAUUCAGAAUGUGGUGUUGAUACAGCAUGAUUUGGCUGUAUUGGAUUGUAAUGACAUGUUA